AUCCUUCUAGUUUAGCUAUGAUUAAAUGAGGUGACAAAAAAUUUCGAGUCUGAAGACAUCACUUCCAGUCUCCAGGACAGCUCCAAAUGGCGUGUUUAGGAAACUGCAGUUAGCAGCCAUGCAUAAAUGACUUUUGGUAGCGCCUGAAUCCUCGCGCAGCACAGAGAACCCACCAGUACACAGCAGAGACGUGUUUAAGGCCUUUUCACUCACAGGGGAAGCGCAGGUUUCAAUCCACCCACCUCACCAGCGCCCCAACACUGCGCGCCUGCAUCCUCCCGAAUAACAACACCAGAAAACCCUCACCACACCACCAACCAAGCGGCUCAGCACACCUGCCUACAACCCAGCUACAAAACCACGAGCGCCUCAGCACGCAGCGCCAACACCACCACCACCAAGGCGCCUCCCAGCAUGACCUCCCCCCUACGCUUCAUGACCCUAGCCAGCGACCUGCCAGACCCACCACCCGCAGCAACAUCACCACCACCACCACCAGCUCCAGCAGAAACCGCAAGCCCACAACCGCCGUACCUAAUACUCUGGGGCCAGCCGCAGCCACAGCCGCACCUACCGGAGCCAACCACCCCCUGGCAAACCCACCACAUCAGCAUGGCGGACGUAGCAUCGCCACGACAUCUACUAAGCGCUGGCACCAUCGGCGGCGGCGACGACAAGAACACCGGGCCGCAUAACGCGUCGCUGGCGCGGCUGCGGGCCCUCGCGCAGAUGGUCGCCGUCGUGGCCAGCGCGACGACGCCCGUGUGGCGCGCCGAUACGCGCGAGCUGCUGCGCAGCGACGCGGAGUUUAGGGACGCGAUCCGUGAGAUGGCGCGGCAGGGGUGGGCGGGGUUCGUGGUUUGCGAGCUUGAGGAGCUGGAGGGCUGGGUUGCGGAGGUAGAGGGCUGGGUCGAGGAGUGGGUGGAUGUGGAUGAUGAUGAUGAUGAUGAUGAUGAUGAUGAUGAUGAUGGGGAUAACGACGAUGGCUACGAGUAUGACGAGGAUGACGGAAAAGAUUGCGAUGGCAAUGGGGGUGGUGGCGAUGGCGCCGCUCUUGAGCGCGGUUCUAAGAGGGGUGGUGGUGGUGGUGGUGGUGGUGGUUCUAGGAGUACUGGAGAUGGGGAACGAUCUCGCUAACCUCUCACCUCCUACCUACCUAACACUUUACCCAAGUAGGUAG